AUGCCUGCUGCACGUGGGAAAUCCAAGUCCAAGGCACCAGUCACAUUUGGGGAUUUGGCCAUCUACUUCUCCCAGGAGGAGUGGGAAUGGCUGAGCCCCAUUCAGAAGGAUCUGUAUGAAGAUGUCAUGUUGGAAAACUACCAGAACUUGGUUUCUCUCGGACUUUCCUUUCGGAGGCCAAAUGUGAUCACCUUAUUGGAAAAAGGGAAAGCACCCUGGAUGGUGGAGCCAGUGAAAAGACGCCGGGGCUUGGACUUAGGGUCUAAAUGGGAGACCAAGAAGUUAUCUCCAUAUCAGUGCAACAAAUCUGGGCAAAGCAUCUAUCAGAAAGCAGUUUCUGCACCACAAAAAGUUCCCACAGGAAAGAGAGGCUGCAAGAAAAAUUCAGUCCUAAUAAAACCCAAGAAAGUGCAUUCAAAGAAGAAAUCUCUAAAAUGUAACGACUGUGGGAAAUUCUUUAGUCAAAGCUUAUCUCUUAAACUUCAUCAGAACUCUCAUACUGGAGAGAAGCCUUAUGAAUGCAGUAGUUGUAGAAAAGCUUUCAGACAGAUCUCAUCCCUUAUUCUUCAUCAGAAAAUUCACAAUGGAAGGAAAAGCUAUGAAUGUGAUAAAUGUGGGGAAAGCUUCAUUCAAAGAACAACCCUUAUUUUACAUGGGAGAAGUCACAAGGAAAAGGAAAUCUUUGACUGUGGGAAGGCCUUGAGUCAAUGCCAAUCUCUCAGUAUACAUCAGAAAAUCCACCUUGUUCAAAAUGUCUACCAGUGCAGAAAAUGUGAGAAAGCCUUCAUUCGAAUGUCAUCUUUUUUACUUCAUAAGAAAACUCACAAUGGAAAGAAAAUACAUAAAUGCAAUAAAUGUGGGAGAGGCUUCAGUAAGAAAUCAGUCCUUGUUAUACAUAAAAGAAUUCAUACUGGAGAGAAAACCCAUGAAAGUGAGAAGGCCUUAAGUCAGAGUUUACAGCAGCAAAGUCACCAUAUAGAGAAUCCUUACAAAUGCAGAAAAUGUGGGAAAUCCUUUAAUAGGAUUUCAUCCAUUAUGCUUCAUCAGAGAAUUCACGCUUCAAAGAAACCCUACAAAUGUGAUAAAUGUGAGAAGAUCUUCAUGCGGCUUUCAACCCUUACUCUACAUAUAAGAAUUCAUAAUAGAGAGAAACUGUACAGAUGUAAUAAAUGUGAGAAGGUCUGCAACCGGCAUUCAUCCCUUAUUCAACAUCAGAAAGUUCAUACAAAGAAAAAGAAAUUGUUUGAAUGUAAGGAAUGCGGGAAGAUGUUUUCUGGAAUUGCCAACCUUAAAAUACAUCAAAACAUUCAUUCUGAAGAGAAACCUUUCAAAUGCAAUAAAUGUAGUAAAGUUUUUGGCCGCCAAUCAUUUCUUAUUGAACAUCAGAGAAUCCAUACUGGAGAAAAACCCUAUCAGUGUGAGGAAUGUGGGAAAGCCUUCAGUCACCGAAUAUCUCUUACUCGACAUAAGAGAAUUCAUACUGAAGAUAGACCCUAUGAAUGUGAUCAGUGUGGGAAGGCCUUCAGUCAGAGUGCACACCUCGCCCAACAUGAAAGAAUUCACACUGGAGAGAAACCAUAUACAUGCAAAACGUGUGGGAAGGCCUUUAGCCAACGCACAUCCCUUAUUCUACAUGAAAGAAGUCAUACUGGAGAGAAACCCUAUGAAUGUAACGAAUGUGGGAAGGCAUUUAGCAGUGGCUCAGAUCUUAUUCGGCAUCAGAGAAGUCAUUCUUCAGAGAAGCCUUAUGAGUGUAGUAAAUGUGGGAAGGCAUAUAGUCGGAGCUCAUCCUUGAUUCGACAUCAGAAUACACAUUCUGAGGAAAAGGCUUAAGAUUGUUUUAAAUAUGUAAAAGGUAAGAGAGAGGCU